AUGGCAGUGGCUUUUGAUGCAAUCCUCGCUCGGAUCAAGGAUGUUUGUAAAAGAAAUGGUUUGCUCAUUCUCUCGGUGUUGUCGGUCACCAUCGGCUGUCUUCUCGGAUUCUUCCUGAGGACGAGACGGCUCUCCCAGCAGGAAAUUAGUUAUUUCCAGUUUCCUGGUGAGUUACUGAUGAGGAUGCUGAAAAUGUUGAUUCUCCCUCUGGUUGUCUCAAGCUUAAUGUCUGGGCUAGCAGCCCUGGAUGCCAAGACUUCCAGUCGAUUAGGUAUCAUAACCGUCACUUACUACCUGUGGACAACAUUUGUGGCUGUGAUUGUGGGAAUAAUUAUGGUCUCCAUUAUCCAUCCUGGUGGAGCGGCGCAGAAGGAGAGCACUGAAGAGGGUGGAAAGCCCAUCAUGAGCUCUGCAGAUGCACUACUUGACUUAAUCCGGAAUAUGUUUCCAGCCAAUCUUGUUGAGGCCACAUUCAAGCAGUAUCGCACCAAGAGUAUUCCCAUUAUUAAAUCUAACAAAGCAUCAUCUGAAAGCACCACUCGUCGCAUUAUAAUAUAUGGAAUCCAGGAUGAGAAUGGAUCCAACGUCCAGAAUUUUGCCUUGGAUAUUACUCCCCCUCCCGAAGUGAUUUACAAGUCAGAACCAGGCACUAGUGACGGCAUGAAUGUGCUAGGGAUUGUGAUAUUCUCUGCCACAAUGGGUAUAAUGUUGGGAAGAAUGGGGAACAGUGGUGUUCCUUUGGUCAGCUUUUGCCAGUGUUUAAACGAAUCUGUCAUGAAGAUAGUGGCAGUUGCUGUUUGGUAUUUUCCAUUUGGAAUUGUGUUCCUAAUUGCUGGUAAAAUCUUGGAAAUGGACGACCCUUCAGCCAUUGGGAAGAAACUGGGUUUCUAUGCCAUUACAGUGGUUUGCGGCCUGGUGGUGCAUGGGCUCUUUAUUCUGCCAAUGAUGUACUUCUUUAUCACCAAGAAGAAUCCAAUCGUCUUUAUCAGGGGGAUUCUUCAAGCCUUGCUCAUUGCUCUGGCCACAUCCUCCAGCUCAGCCACACUGCCUAUCACUUUCAAGUGCUUGCUGGAGAAUAACCAUGUGGACAGGAGGAUUGCGAGGUUCGUGCUGCCUGUGGGAGCCACCAUCAACAUGGAUGGGACAGCGCUCUACGAGGCAGUGGCUGCCAUCUUUAUUGCGCAAGUAAACAACUAUGAGCUGGACUUUGGGCAGAUUAUUACUAUAAGUAUCACAGCCACAGCUGCCAGCAUAGGUGCUGCAGGUAUCCCGCAAGCUGGCCUGGUUACAAUGGUCAUUGUUCUGACCUCGGUUGGACUCCCAACAGAUGACAUCACGUUGAUUAUUGCCGUCGACUGGGCACUAGACAGGUUUAGAACAAUGAUCAAUGUCCUGGGAGACGCGCUGGCUGCUGGGAUCAUGGCCCACAUCUGCCGGAAGGAGUUCAUCAAGGACGGCGACGAGGUGCCAUUGAUCUGUGAAACUAAGCCUGUUAACAUCCAUCAGAUUGUGGCUUACCAGAGAAAUGGCUGUGUGAAGACCAUGAAUGAAUCCCGUGGACCAGAAACAGUGAAAGGGUUUCAGCACCACAUACCCGUACAAGUGGAGCAAGAAGAAAGUCCAGUGGAGAAUCACACUAAGAAAUCCAACAGUAAAGACCACUGCACUAUUGAAAUAAAUGAACUAGAAACAAACGUGUGA